AUGGCGGCCGCCGAGCCCAAGCCCCCCGUGGGGGCGGCCGCGGCCGGACGCCUGGCCAGGAGCUGCUGGUCCGCGUUCUGGGACUACGAGACGCCCAAGGUGAUCGUGGUGAAGAACCGGCGCUUGGGCAUCGUGUACCGCGCGGUGCAGCUGCUCAUCCUGCUCUACUUCGUGUGGUACGUGUUCAUCGUGCAGAAGAGCUACCAGGACAGCGAAACGGGCCCCGAGAGCUCCGUCAUCACCAAGGUCAAGGGCAUCACCUUGUCCGAGCACAAAGUGUGGGACGUAGAGGAGUACGUGAAACCCCCGGAGGGGGGCAGCGUGUUCAGCAUCAUCACCAGGAUUGAGGUCACCCCCUUCCAGACCCUCGGAACAUGCGCCGAGAGUAUGAGGGUCAGCAACGCCACCUGCGACUCGGACGAAGACUGUGUUGCUGGGCAGCUGGACAUGCUGGGAAACGGCGUGCGGACCGGGCGCUGCGUACCUUAUUACCACGGGUCCUCCAAGACCUGCGAGGUGUCGGGCUGGUGCCCGGUGGAAGACGGGGCCUCAGUCAGCCAAUUUCUCGGUACGAUGGCCCCCAAUUUCACCAUCCUCAUCAAGAACAGCAUCCACUACCCCAAAUUCCAGUUCUCCAAGGGCAACAUCGAGAACCGGAAGGAUGGCUACCUGAAGCACUGCACGUUCCAUGAGGUCUCUGACCUCUACUGCCCCAUUUUCAAGCUGGGCUACAUCGUGGAGCAGGCAGGGGAAAACUUCACAGAGCUGGCACACACGGGUGGUGUCAUUGGGGUCAUUAUCAACUGGGACUGUGACCUGGACCUUUCAGCGUCAGAGUGCAACCCCAAAUACUCCUUCCGGAGGCUGGACCCCAAGCACAUCCCAGCCUCAUCCGGCUACAACUUCAGGUUUGCCAAGUACUACAAAAUAAAUGGCAGCAUCACCCGCACACUCAUCAAAGCCUAUGGGAUCCGAAUUGACGUCAUCGUGCAUGGACAGGCGGGGAAGUUCAGCCUGAUUCCCACCAUCAUUAACCUGGCCACAGCACUGACCUCCAUCGGGGUGGGCUCCUUCCUCUGCGACUGGAUCUUGCUAACAUUCAUGAACAAAAACAAGGUCUACAGCCAUAAGAAAUUUGACAAGGUGUGUACUCCAAGGCACUCCUCAGGCAGCUGGCCUGUGACCCUGGCCCUUGUCUUGGGCCAGGCCCCUCCCCAACUCUAUCCCUGCUCUACAGACCCAGGCCAGGCUGGCCAACUGCAGGGUGAGGGGCAGAGCCAGGCCCGGGCUAUCCCACCCCCAUGGCCUUGCUCCACCUCUGCCCCGUCUGAGCAGAUGGUGGAUGCUCCCGAGCGGGGUGCGGGACCAGGGCUUUGCGCUUCCGAGCCUUCCCAACAGGAGUGCGUGCUCACAGAUGCCCGAGGUUUGGCCCAGCUCUGA